CCGCCCCAGACGGCGGGCGGGGCGGAAGCCGCGGUGUCCGCGGUAACGGCGGAGCCAUUUCCGACAGGGCGGCGGCGGCGCGGGGUCGUGCGGGGCUGCGGGCUUGUUUGGGACAGCGGAGCCCUGACAGGCUGCUUGAGGCUGCGGGGCCCUGAGGGGCCGCCUGGGGCCGAGGGACUGCGGGGAGCCGAGGAGCUGCGCGGAGCCGAGGGGCUGCGCGGGGCCGUGCGGAGCCGAGGGGCAGCGGGCCAUGGUGCCCAGCAAGGGCCGGCCCGGCCGGGGCCCGCGGGCCGCGCCCGCAGCGGUUAAUAAUUGUGGUCUCCAGCUGGUCAUCCAGACCUUGUCAAUACCAGAAAAAAACAAACCAUUUGAAUUCAGAAUAAAUAAAGAGCAGUCAUCUUUCCACAGUAGGCUUCUGCAGCAUGACCUGGAAAAAAACUACUCUGGAAGACAAGAUAACACAAAUUUUGGGAGCAGUUCAUCAAUAACAUUUCCUAUAUUGCAACGUACUGCUGAAGAAAAAAUCCUGAACUCAGACAGACUUACCCUGGAAAGGCAAAAAUUGACAGUGUGCCCAAUUAUUGACGGGGAAGAUCACCUUCGUCUUUUGAAUUUCCAGCAUAACUUUAUAACUCGUAUCCAAAAUAUUUCUAAUCUUCACCAUCUUGUUUUCUUAGAUUUAUAUGAUAAUCAGAUUGAAGAGAUAAGUGGGGUUUCAACUUUGAGAUCCCUGAGAGUCCUGCUGUUGGGAAAGAACAGAAUAAAGAAGAUCUCAAAUCUGGAGAACCUAAAAAACCUUGAUGUUUUAGAUCUUCAUGGAAAUCAGAUUGCUAAAAUAGAAAACAUCGGUCAUUUGAGUGAACUGAGGGUGUUAAACCUUGCCAGAAACCUCCUCACUGUUGUAGAAAACCUGAAUGGACUGGAUUCACUCACAGAGCUCAACCUCCGUCAUAAUCAAGUCUCUGCUAUAAAAGAUGUGGAUACUUUGCCCUGUCUCCAGCGUCUCUUCCUCAGCUUCAACAAUAUAUCUAGUUUUGAGGAUAUUCUGUGCCUUGCUGAUUCCUCAUCCUUGUCAGAUAUCACCCUUGAUGGCAAUCCAAUAGCUCAGGAGACAUGGUACAAACACACUGUUCUCCAUCAUAUGAUGCAGCUCCGACAGCUAGAUAUGAAGAGAAUCACAGAAGAAGAAAGACGUAUGGCAUCUAUUGCAGCAAGGAAAGAGGAAGAAAGGAAGCGUGAAAGCCACAGACAGACCUUGCUUAAGGAAAAGAAGCGGUUAACGAUUGGUAACAUUGCUCGGCAGUGGGAGAUCCAGCAGAACCAAAUUGCUCUUGAGGCUUCUUUAAACAAAGAUAAAGAAAAUGAGCCCUGCCAGAUCAAUGGCAGUGCUGCAUAUGUGUUUCCUGAAGAAAGCAGAUCUCUUGAUACAAUCCUGAGCAGUGCAGUACAAGGCUUGUCUGUUCUGGAGUCUCAUUUAGUGGAGGUGGAAGGAGACACUCUUGGCUUGUAUGGUGCUGGGGCACUGGAGUGCCUGGACCGAAACUGGAGCGUUCAGACAGCUGGCAUUAUUGCCACAGUCUCCUUUAUGUUCAUAGAAUUUGAUGAAAUUGUUCAAGUGUUAGCAAAACUGAAGACAAAAUUUCCCAAUUGUGUGCACCUGAAGUUCAAGGAGACAAAUCUUGUGGCGCUGCAGCAGUUCAGUGCAUUGGCUGAGAUGCAUCGCAUGGAACAGUUGACAGUUGAUCCUCAGGGAAAUCCAGUCGUCAACUUCACUUUGUGGAAAUACUAUGUUCUGUUCAGACUGAACCAUUUUAAUCUACAGAAGAUAAAUGGAGUGAAGGUUACUGAAAAUGACAUUGUAAAGGCAGAAAGGCUCUUUGGCAUUCUGGCGCAUGUGGCAUCUUCGGAGCUGCCGCAUUAUCGCGUGCUUUCGUUAUUUGGAGAAUCCAGGAGGAAGCAAUUCCAUUAUCUCCUGGAGGGAAAGGGAAAGAAAUCUGGGAUUGGGAGUGAGGAAAGUAGUGAUAACAGAAGAAGUGGAGGGGAAAGCACAGCUCGAGCAACGUUGAAUUACAUGACAAAAGAUUUUCAUAUGGAAAAGCUUGAGGAAAUCAAAGAAAGAAAAACAUUUUGCCAGACAUACGUUGAGAACUUAGUGAAAGAAGCAGCUGACAUCAAUAUGAAGAAUGAAUCAUUGCAGAAGCUCUGGCCUCAGAUGUUCAUUGAACUUGUCAGAGAUGCAGUGAUAGAAAUACGCAAUAAAAACUCCUACAUGAAACUCUGCCUCCAGCGGAUCACUGAGCAGAAACAGUAGAGUCAAGAUACAAUAAAGAAGUACUGUGUGCAAAGAAAAGACUAAAUGCUGCACGAAGAGAUGAGACACAACUUGCCCCAAAAUCAACUGAAGGGGUAGAAAAAGCCCCCAUUCCAUAGUACAGUAACUACCACAAUUAACAGCUUGCCAGCUUCUGUCCAGAUAUUGAAUCUAGGAAGUGUUAGCAAGUCCAGCUGCUUGCCAUGGAUGGCAUUCAGAUGCAGGUAGAAAGUUGUGCCAUUUAAUUUUUUAGUUUCAUUGUAUCUUAACUAAAGCAAUCUAAAACCUUUGUGCAUUUUUUACUUAAUUAAAACUUCUCUCAUUUUAUGUGGGCUCAUUUAUAAAAAAAGAAACUAAAGAAAACUUCCUGCAAAUAUUUCUAUGACUCAAAAGCAAAUUUAUUUUUAAACUGUAUCUAGAAGGUAUUUUCUCUCAAAGCAGAGAUGCAGAUACCGUUUAAUGAUUUUUUUAUGCCCAGAAAAUCAUGGAAUCAUGGAAGGUUUGGGUUGGAAUGGACUUUGAAGACCAUCUAGUUCCACUGUUCUGCCAGAGGCAGGGACAUUUUCCACUAGAGCAGAUUGCCCAAAGCCGUGUCCAGCCUGGCCUUGAACACUUCCAGGAUGGGGCAGCCACAGUUUGUCUGGAUAACCUGUGCUGGGGCCUCACCAUCCUCAUUGGAAGAAUUUCUUCCAUAUAUCCAAUCUAAAUCUUUCUUCUUUCAUUUAAAGCCAUUCCCCCUUGUCCUGUCACCACAUGCCCUUGUUCAGGUGCCCUCUCCACCUCUCUUGGAGCCCUCAUAGGCACUAGAAGGUGCUUUAAGGUCUCCUGUGCCUCUUGUCCAGGCUGAACAGUGCAAGCUCCCUGAGCCUUGAAUAAGUACAGCAAUGAAGUGGUCACAGAUGUUUUGGAGAGUACAGUCUGCUUGCAUUCAGGUCAGGCUGGUACCUCUGUGUUGUCUGAGGGAAUCCCAUCUCAGAGCAUGUGACGAGUUAGCUGUGAUGUGGGUACAUCGCUGUUAAAUGCACUUUUCCAUUUGGUUCAAGUUGCAUUUGCAGGUAGUUGCUUUUCAGUCUGCAGAAUGUAGUGGAGGUUAAGUAAUUUAAACUCUAAGGGAGUGUUAGAAUUCCUGGAGAAACUGCUCCAGCAGUUGAUAAAAUUUAAUAGAAACAAUCACCUAUCUGGGCUUUUUGAACUGCUUCAUGGAAUUUAUAAUAAGAUUAGUUUAUUUGGUGGGAUUUUUGUUUCCUUUCCAUUGGAAAAUUGCACUCUCAAGUUUUAUAGUGCAUUUUAUUAAAGGAACAAAUUAGGGCCUGGCAAAAUGUGAGAAAAGGAGAGUUUACAUUAGAAAAACAGCCAAUAUAGAAAUGAUCAUACAAUAGGUUUUUGGAUCUAUCAUUUACUUUACAUAAUUUCUGUGCCAAGGGGGUGCAUGAAGCAAUUCCAGCUUCUGCAUGGGGACAGAAAGCUCGGCAGCUCUGUGGAAGUGCAGAGCUCUCCUGAUGAUGUAGCUGGAACAGAUGGGCCCCUUUUGAAUCAGAUUCAGCAACAGUAAAAGCCUGGAAAAAAAAUGUUUUGAGAAGGUUGUAUUGGUCUAGAGGAACAGGAAGUCCUCCAUGGGAAAAUCAAGAGAAAAGCCAGACUUUCUGAUAUGCAGUCUUUAGAAGCAUAAUCCUGGUUUGAGGCUUUAAGGUAGGGUCUUGAAAAAAUGAAUCAUAGGGUAUUGAUGGGGAGUUGCAGAAACAUCUUUAAAUGCUCUGUAUUCCCAGUGGUCUGUGAAUGCUGCCAGAUUGGACUUUUUUCACUAAUAGCAGCUGUUUCAUAACAGAAUUGCUAAAUGGCUGAAGUGAGGGUAGGUAGGCAGCUAUUAUAAAUGAAGAAAAGAUGAAUGUUGGGCUCAUAUGUUCUUUUCACAUAAAACCAGUAGUAAAAAAAAAAGGAACUUUGAUUUUCACGAAUUCUUUUUAGGAAACAAGUGAUAGAUUAAAGUGAUGUUAGGCCUAAGAAUACAUAGAAUUUUCAGCAGAUGGAGGAUCUUAACAUUUUUAGCAUGCUAUAUGUUGUUUUUAUGGUUACCCAAAUAAUUUUUAAUUCAUACAGACUCAUGAGAUACAGUCCUGUAGUUGCUUAUUAGGGAGUUCCCAAGUACCUAAAAAUUUGAAGGUUGUAUAAGCAGCAAAUUCUUAGAUGUUCUGAAACUUAAGUGCCACAGGAACUUUCUACAGAUGUAAAUUGAUGAGUUAAAACAGCAAUUGAUAUUGAAGCUAGGGAACCUGUUAAUAAAACCUUCCAGUCUGAAAGCAGUUAUUUCUUUCUUCUUCAAAAGCCUUUGAAUGCUGCAUAAAACCAAAUUUUGGUGUUGUUAAUAUUUCACUGAUAUCCCAUCAAGGUAAACUGUGAUCCUCUCCUGUAGCCUGACUUUUGCACAAGCCAGGAACUAUUAGUGUAAAAUAUCUGUGUGUUAACUAGAAAUCACCUUGAGGGUUAAAAAGAUACUGUUUAAAGUUCUUUGGAAACUUUUUGGCUUGACUUUUAGGUUAUUUAUGCAAUUUACUUCUUUCCUGAGACAAUUUUCUUCUAUGUCCAGCCAAAAGCAGAUAAUGAUGUAGGAUGUUUUGUUCAGUUUCAGUUUAGCUGUUUCACACACGAAGGCCCCAUUAUGUCAUGCAGAGUCACUGUUUGUUAUGCAACUGAAAUUUGAUCUUCAGUAAGGAGGCUGAUGAGGAGCUCUACUUCAUACAUUCCUUCUAAUACAGAAUCUGAAAAAGUAAUAGAGCUGCAUAUUUGCUGCCACAGUGGAGCAGGGAGAACAAAUUCACUUGAUGCAAACCAAAAGCUGAUGCUGUCAGUUAGGAAGAAAAAGGUACUGGGGAAAGGUUUUAACUGAGCAUAGAAGUAACGCUGCCACACUGCCAGGGACCAAGGGAUACAUCUGAAUCCAGAAACAGCUGAGAAGUGUUUUCCAUUAUAGAAAUGUGAAUUAUCUUCUUCCAUGCCUACAAAUGUAUUUCACCAUGUAAACUGCAUAAAAUAAUGACAAUAAUAAAAAGGUUAACCUAUUAAAACAGAUCUGCACAUGAAGUUUGGCUACUGUGGAAACAGUAGUGACUCCACAAUCUAUACAUUCCAUAAUUUCAGGACAAGUGGUUGCUUUUUUAACCAGAACUAUGGGCUGUAAAAGUGCCAAUGAUGCUUCCAGUUUCUGCUUUUUAUCACAGCGACACAUCAGGAUGAAUUGGGUUUUGUUAGCUGCUUUAGUUAAAGAAGCUAAGGCAAAUAUUUGCUAUUUCUUCUUACUAUGUAAUAGUCAUAAAUAUGUGAUUUAGAUUGGGAGUCAAAAUCACAAUAGUAGCUAGUUGGUUUGAUUGAGAAAACAGACUGCUUGGAUGUUUUUCUGUUUCCAUAUCACACAAACUCUGCUACAUCUUGAAGCCCAGUUCCAGUGAAAUUAUUUUUCUUUUUAAGUUGGAGGCAUCAGAUUUUCUGUGUGUUGUAUUGAGCACUUGACGCUUCAGCACAGAAGAAGAUAUCCCGGAAUGAUAAUGUCUUCCAUCUAUUUAUAAAUGUAUCAUUAGACAAGAGAUUGUUAAGUUAAUUCUGACUACAGUGGAGAAGAAAUUGGGCUGUCAAUGUGAUGUUUGUCCUACAUGCUCACAUUGUCUAGACAUCUUACUUGGUCAUGCAAAUAACAGUGGUCACAACCAAUAAAUAAAUCAUUGCAAUAUGUAGAGAAGCUGUGA